AUGCCUCACGAGCGCACGCCAGGCUGGGUCGCCGAGCCGCAGCUCGGCUCGUGGGCGGAAGACAUGGGCAAGUUCGUCGAGCAGGACCUGACCAAGAUUGCCGCGGUUUAUUGCCUCGUGGUGAUGCUACUGCUGUUCUCCUGGCCGCCGGUCCCGGCCGUGCUGCUCGGCACGGCUCUGCUCGUCCUGCGCCGCUACCUCGCCGGCGGCCGCUACUUCUCGGAGGCGCGACUGGACGGCCGCACGGUGCUGGGCCGUGUGGCUGCGAAUGGGAUCAGGCUAGGUCUGCCACCUACCGGUGGGAGCCUCAGUGUGAAGCGUCUGGAUCUGACGUCGCUGAACUCCGUACGGGAAUUCGUCAAGGACUUCAACCACACAGAGCAGAGUCUUGACGUGCUCAUCAACAAUGCUGGUGUAAUGUGGAGGCCAUUUGAGAAGACUGAGGAUGGGUUUGAGCUGGCGUUCCAGGUCAAUCACCUGGCGCCAUUCCUGCUCACCAUUCUUCUUCUGGACAAGCUGAAGGCUGCACCUCAGGGACGAAUCAUCAACGUUUCUUCCAUGGCCAACUACUUCACGAACGGCAUCAACUUCGCCAACCUAAACGGAGAGGAAACGUUCAACAGCUCGUCUCAGUACAGCAACACCAAGCUGAUGAACAUCGCCUUCGCCUCUGAGCUCAGCAGACGCCUGGCGCACACGCGGGUGACGGCGCACAGUCUGCACCCGGGCUGCGUGAAGACGGAGCUGAUAGCGCACGUGGCCACCGGCGUCGUGCUGCGGCGGCUCAAGUGGCUGUACCUGUGGAGUACGCACAAGACGGCCGAGCAGGGCGCCCAAACCAGCGUCAUGCUGGCCGCCGACCCCGCCUUCGCCCACGUCUCGGGCCGAUACUACGCGUGA